AUUCUUCAUAUCAUGCAACCCAAACUAGAUACAAACAUGGCAAAGAUAGGCUUAUCCAUGGCAUUGAUCAUGGUCUUCCCCUUCCUUCUAGCAUUAGCCACUGCCCAACAAUGUGGUAGCCAAGCCGGUGGCCAAACUUGCGCUAACAACCUUUGUUGUAGCCAGUACGGUUAUUGUGGGACAACCGAUGACUAUUGUUCACCUUCCAAAGGUUGCCAGAGUAAUUGCCAAACCGGUGGCGGUGGUGCUAGCGGUGAAAGCGCUGCUAAUGUUAGGGCUACGUACCACUAUUACUAUCCUCAGCAAAAUGGAUGGGACUUGAAUGCAGUAAGCGCUUACUGCUCGACUUGGGAUGCUAAUAAGCCCCUGGCAUGGCGGAGCAAGUAUGGAUGGACUGCCUUUUGUGGACCAGUUGGGGCUCAUGGCCAGGCAUCUUGUGGCAAGUGCCUUAGGGUGACAAACACAGGCACAGGAGCUCAGCAAACAGUGAGAAUAGUGGAUCAGUGUAGCAAUGGAGGGCUAGAUUUGGACUCUGGUGUGUUCAACAAACUUGACACUGAUGGAAAGGGCUAUGCACAAGGCCAUCUCACUGUCAACUACCAGUUUGUUGAUUGUGGUGACUAAUUAAUUAAUUACAAAUAUUAUUAUUAUUAUUGGGAUAAUAAUUAAUAUUUGUGCUUAAUUUAUAAGUAACUAAAGUCUUUUAUAUAUAGGAGAUAUGUGGUGAAGAGCUUCUCCAAUAAUAAUUGAAAUCACUUCGUUGUUUGUUGUUGUUGUUAUUGUUGUUUUAAUUAGUUCAAGUAUUAAUAAAUAAACAUAUAUAACAACAUGUUUUGAGAAGUGUUCAGUUUUCUA